UUAGCAGCUCUGCCGAGAUGAAAGUGUCUCAUGCGCUGUGUCUGUCAGCAGCUGUUGAAUGGAAGUGGCGAGGCCCCGAGGGAUGGGUCCAGAGAGAAUCUCCCCGAGCUCCGAGGAGGAUGAGGCGGAGGACCGGCCUCUAGACACCGCUGUGCCGGAGGAGUGGAGCGGAGAGGACAUGGAGGAGGACGAGGAAGGAGGCGCUGAAUAUUACUAUCAGCCUCUGAAUCAAGACCCAGAGGGGAUGAGCGGCUCACACACACAGCCCGUGGAUGAAGGCUCCCCCGCAGAGCAGCUGCAGCAGGUCCAGGACCGAAUAGAGGCCAUGGGUCUGUUCCUGCCCCAGCCUCCCCCUCCUGACAGCGAUGAAGAGGAGGAUCCUGGAGGAGCCGCUGCUUGGAGAAGUUACGCGUCCAUCCCCAUGGAUGAAGAUCAAGUUGAGCUGGUGAAAAGGACCAUGGCGGCUGUAAAUUUGCCGACACUAGUAAUCCCUGCGUGGGCUCAGGAGAUCUCAGAUGACCAGUGGAAGGACAUGGUCCAGCAGACGCUUCAGUCCACACAGAGCUCUGCAGGCCUGAGACUAGAACGCAAGUGAAACAGAUCUCAAACUAAUCAAAAAGCAUAUUUAUCACCUUCGUUGUGGUUUAUACAAACUGUGGACUGAAAUUCUUGAAAUGGAAAGCUUUUUAAUUGCUUUAAGCUGAUACACAGCAAGUGUCCAGUUGAUGCCGUUACACAGGUGAAAACUGUCCUUAAAACACCCCAGAUGUCUUUCAACCCAUCUGUAUUAAUUAUGCAUUGUUUUCUUGAGCUUUGUUUGUAAAGUGGAGAAUUUUGCAAGACUUGUAUGACAGCAUAGACAUGUUAUGUUGCAUCUCAGUGAUAAUCACAUCUAAAUGAAUCUGACUGUUGAUACCUGUGCAAUGAGUGACUGAUCCUUUAUGUAUCUCACACGGCUCGAGCAACACAAAUGGCCGUCGCGUCUUUUGUUUCUUUAUUUUUGUUCUGUACAUACAUGAACAUCUGUACAAAAUAUGACUUUCAUACUAUGUAAUGCGCAACCUAAUUAAAGUACAAUGUAUGUACAUAUGACCUGGAAAGCAGCUUAAGAUUAGUGUCAGACUUGGAAGGGAGGGCUGGGAGAGGAGGGAAAGGGACGAGUGAGUGUGGAGAGACCCAUACGUUCUUCAUUUCCCUCGGUUUCUUGUUGCUGCCAGACAAGCUGAACACGGUCCCAUCCCCCUGUCGAGCUGCACUGAGAAAGGAAGCAUGCUGUGUUCAAGAGUGAAGUUGCCUUUGAUUGUUUCUGGAAUGUUUUGGUUCAUGUAGAGGCAGCUAGGUUGGCAAAUCAUGCUCUUGAUUGCACGGACAAGUCAUUCCUGUAUGCUGACAGGCCGAGGUGACGUCAACACUUCAAACAACAAAUGAUUUAAAGACAUCACCUCUGCACUGCUGUAAAUCGCACGAGUCGAAACAUAUGCACAUGACUGAAGCGAUGGAAGAAGUGUAGCAGCAAGUGGAUGUCGGGGCGAAUUACAGCGGGACCUUUGAGCUGCACAUCGGAUAGCAGUAAGAUGUUGGGUUGUCCAGCAGCCUGUACGAGGAGUAAAUGUCCCCUCACUGUUGAAAUGAUCAAAGUGACACUUCACGAGACUGACCUUUACAACAGAGAGGGGACAUCAUGCAUCAGAAUGGAGUCAUACAAGCAAACAGAA